GAAGAAGAAGAAGGUCCAUUUGAAAGAAACAGAAACAUAGGAAGAAACCAGACACACUAAGACGAACCCUAAACCCUGGUAAGGACUAAGGAGUUAUUGACAUUGAUGCAUGGCGGAAGUUAACACUUUGGUGGUGCGAAAGCCCUGUUUUGGCCUCCCAACUGGUUGCCCUCAAUGCCUCUCUGCUUACAUCUAUCUCAAGUUCGCUCAAUUUCCCUUCUUCUUGGACUUCCACCUCAACAACCCUCAUUCUGAUCAAAUUCCUUACUUUGAGGUUGGUGACACUGUGGCUUAUAAUAAUGAGAAAGAAGGGAUCAUUGAAUGCUUGAAGAAAGAUGUUGGCGUAGUUGAUUUAGACAGUGGAGUUUCUUCACUCCCUGAUUGGAUUUCAACCAAAGCAAUUCUCACCGCUUGGCUUGCUGAUGCACUUGCCUAUGAACUCUGGCUUGGGUGUGAAGGUUCCUCUGCUUAUACUAUCUAUUACUCUGAUCUUCCGUGGCCGUUGGGGAAGAUUCUAUUUUGGAAGAAAGCUCAUUGGGUGAAGUUGAAGCAUGGGAUAACUAAUGACAAUGCUGAAGUGAAGAAAGAAGAGAUUUACGAGAGAGCAAAGUCUGCAUAUGAUGCCUUGUCAAGUUGCUUAGGUGAACAGAAUUACUUAUUUGAGAACAGGCCAUCAAGCUUGGAUGCUAUUUUUCUUGCACAUGGACUAGUUGUUCUUCAAGCUUUACCUGAGUCUUCAAUGCUGCGGACCAAGUUUUUGGAGCAUGCUAAUUUAGUUAGAUAUGUGCAACAAUGUAAGACAGAACUUAUUGAAGCCGCUCCAUCUCCUCCCUCUGGCCCACAAUUUCAUACCAAUGCAUCAUCGUCUGCUCCCAAAAGUCAUUCAAGUUCAAAGCCAAAGAACAAACCCAAAAGAGAGAAAACAAAGGAGGAGAAAACCUUCAAAAGGAAGGCCAAAUAUUUUGUAGCAGCACAGUUGGUUGCAGUUGUUGUUUUCCUCACACUUAUGACUUCAUUUGAUGAUGCUGAACUGGAGUUAGAUGAUGCUGAUGGGGGUUAUGAUUACUAUGAGUGAUAAUGCAUUCAUUUUUUUUAUCUUACUCUCAAUUAUAAAGCCAAGGGUGCCAACCUAAUAAAUCAAGUGUCACCUGUACUUUGUUACGAUGCAAAAUUGGAAAUUACCAUUUAUUCUUUAAGAUCCACUCAUACUAAUUACAAAAUCCAUUUUUGUACACCAAUUGAUUUUAUCGGAUUGAUCAUUGGAAUAUGCUAAUUUUUAGAGUUGAAGGAAAUGAACCAUGACUUGACUCUUCA